AACUAUGGAUGAAGCACUCACAAAACCAAGAAAUGUUUCCCAUACCAUAUAUAAGUUGUAUAACUGGUUACAAAAGGGCUUGAUCGACUUGGAUCCUGAAUUUCAAAGAGAGACAGACUCUAUGCUUAACAACUUUUAUAUCCCACCUGUAAUUUUCUCUUGUAAAAAGUUGGAUGAUAAAAGAUGGGUGCGUGUUUGUAUUGAUGGUAAACAACGUCUCACAUCAAUCAGAAAGUUUAUAAAUAACGAGAUACCUCAUAUUAAUCCUUCAAGUGGUUAUGCAAACAAGCGUUUUUAUAAAGGUCCUAAUGAUAAAGAUUCAUUAACAGAUUCUGAACGUGAAUUAUUUGAAUGUUCAGAAUUUAUUUGUGUUGAAUACUACGAUCUUACUCUGCAACAAGAACAAGAAAUAUUCAGUCGUGUACAAUUGGGAAUUGCAUUAACUCCCGCAGAAAGACUUCAGGCUAUUAGCAGCCCAAUAGCUGAUUUUGCUCAUGCAAUCCACAAUCAAUAUUCAACAACCCUUUCUUUAAUAUUGGAUAAUAAGCGUUCUCGACCUUUUCAAAUUAUUUCACAAUCUUUACACAUGAUUGAAACUGAACCAGAAAGAUUUAAUGCCACUCCCAUCACAAUUACUAAAUAUUUAAAAAGAGAUCGUGAAGUUUCUGAAGGUUUCAAGGCAUUAACUAAACAUGUUUAUACAAUUAUAGAAGAGAUGAUCAAUGUUGAUGCUGAAUUAUUCCGUUAUGGUCAUAAAUUUUCUACGGUAGAAUUUGUCUUUUUAGCUUAUAUGAUUGCCAAGUUACCCAAGUUACCAAUUUACCAAUACCAAAAUCGUCUUAUAGCCAUGAGGAAACAUGUUUGGGAUAAGCAUAGCGAAGUCAGAUUUAAUACAAAAGUCUUUAGCACAUUGAAAGAGUUUGUUGAUAAUAUGACAUAUGAAUUUACUUCAAAUCAACAAACUAUUUCACACGCUUUAUCAUCUCGUGAUUUUAAUUUGAAUCAUCAAAACAUAUCACAGCCUUCAUCAUCUCGUUACGAUUUUAAUUUAAAUCAUCAAAAUAUAUCACAGCCUUCAUCAUCUCGUCGCCUUAAUUCUCUUCAAUUAAAUACAAAUUAUAAUACUUAUGCUUAUAAUUUAUUCGAUGUAAAAAUGGAGUAA